UUCCGCCUCCCACACCACCCACUCCCUUCUUUUUAUAGCACCAUUCUUUUUCUCUCUUUUUUUAAUUUUAUUUUUUUAUAUAAUCCAAACAUCCCCACUUCAUUUCCCCUGCUUUCUCCCCUGUUUUUCUCCACUAAAUUCCCCUGUUUAUUCUCUUCAAAAAAAAUUCAAAAAAAUGGUGAAUGAUUUUAUGGUAUGUGUAGAUAGAAUACUAGCUUCAGCUUGUUUGCAAUCUUCAUCUACAGAAGAUGGGGUUUCUGGGGUUCAUCAAAUUAUCGAUCAGAAAAUAAAUCAAAUUGAAAAUAAUAAUAAUCAGAAAAAUAUGAGUAGUUGUUGUUCAUCAUUAAGCUGUUUGCUUCAGAAAGAGUGUAGGAUUUGUCAAGAAGAAGAUGAUGAUACUUCUUUGGAAUCUCCUUGCGCUUGUAAUGGUACUUUGAAGUUUGCUCAUAGGAAGUGCAUUCAGAAAUGGUGCAACAAAAAAGGCGAUAUCACCUGUGAGAUAUGCAAUCAGGUGUUUACACCCAACUAUACACUCCCACCAAAACCCGUCCCGGAUGUCAUGUCAGUUGAUCUUAGUCAAGCUUGGGGUCAUCAUUUUGGUAUCCGUGACCACCAUCUUUUGGCUUUAGCUGCUGCCGAGCGUCAAUUACUGGAAUCAGACUAUGAUGACUAUGCUGUUGCAAAUGCUGGCAAUGUCACAUAUUUACGCUCAAUAGCUAUAAUAUUGAUGUUUGUCCUGCUAAUCCAUCAAGUGCUAAUGAUCACAAGAGAUUUUGGGCUGAUGCAGGGAUAUUUGACAUUGUUUCAUUUUGAAGUUUCGUUCCUUCAGCUUGCUGGCUUUCUUCUUCCAUGCUAUGUCCUGGCUCGCUCAUGGUAUAUUUUGUACACCAGGAGGAGGCGACAGGUCUGAGCCAUCAACAUUGACGAGAGUAAUCAAUGUUCGAAUUCAGAUGAUUUUGCUCAAGAGGUAUCAAACGGCAUACAACUGUUGCUUCUCUCGCUACAUAGCAGCACCACUAAGAUUUCGCUACCUGUUUUUAGCAGGAUACCAUACCCGGGUUUCUCAUCCUGAAGUAUGUAGGACAGCACUCAAACUAAGUGUAAAUGUGAAACUCGAGUGCAUUAGGUUAUUAAGCUCUCUCUCUUGAUUGUCCUCUCACUUUUUUCAUGUCGAUCUUUCGAGGACAUCCGAAAAAUUCGGGAUUCUUUGUAAAUGUUGCAGAAAAUGUGCAUCAUCGGAAAGUCGAUCUGGUGGUGUACUAUAAUGAAAAUUUGGAAAUGCCCAAAGCGGCCGAUUCAAAAUUGAAAAGAAAAUAUGUGGUCUUGAAAUGUGAUGCUUAUGUUUAUUUCCUA